UUGCUGUCGGUAUUUCUCUGGGUACUCAUAGAGGACAAAGUUUAGUUUAUCCCGGGGUAAAGUUGGAUCGGCGGCCUCACUGGCAUGCUCCGCGCCUCAAGCUUCGAUGGUUACUCACCAAGAUAAGUAAAAUGGCGCAAUAGGAUUAUGCCAUGGCACCAGAACGUGUGUAUUACAAAGUUAAAGGGUAAUGGAUAUCACUCUGUUGUACACCACGAUGACUGUCUCAGAACGCGACGAUGAACAAGCCCUCAGCUCAGACUCGAGUCUAGUAGACGAUGAAACCGUUCCAUUGACAGGAGGGGCACCAAUCGAAAAGUUAAUCCCCUAGGUCAUGAGGUCACUCUUCUUUCGUCGGUCAUGUUAAACCUCGGACAGUUGCUCGGUUCAGGUAUAUAUUCCGUGCCCGGCGUUAUAUUGAAAUCAGUAGGUUCUAUCGGCCUACUCUUUCUGUUUUGGAUCAUAGCACCUAUAUUUGCUCUUGGGGGUUUGAUGAUAUACAGCGAGUUCGCAAGUAUGUUCCCUAAUCGAUCGGGAGCGGAGGUGGUAUUCCUAGAACAGGCAUACCCUCGCCCGAAGUUUCUCGUCCCUGUCGCUUUCGCAGUAACAUCUGUCCUGCUUUCUUAUAGUGCCACUAAUUCAAUAAUAUUCGCCCAGUACGUUCUUACGAUAUUCGACCUCCCUAUCACCCCUUCAAAUCAAACGGCGCUGGCUUUUACAGUUUGUACUGUCUGCAUCGCAAUCGUAGGACUGUCCACGAAAUGGUCGCUAAGGGCCGUGAACCUUUUGACUGGCCUCAAAGUCCUUUCACUUGUAUUUCUCGUUGUGACAGGUUUCCUCGUCCUUGUCGGCGCUACUAGAAUUAAGGACCCAUUGGCCAACUUUCACAACAUCUUUGAGGGCAGUACCUCAAACGUCAACUCCCUCGCAACUGCUCUUGUAAAAACCAACUUUUCGUAUUUUGGCUGGCAUAACGCGUUCAACGUCCUCAACGAAAUUAAGAGUCCCGAUCCCGUCAAAACAGUCCGUAGAGCGGGUUUCAUCUCGCUCCUCAUGGUAACGACACUGUUUGUCUUCACAAAUGUGGCGUAUGUGGCAGCUGUUCCUAAGGAGGAGAUCAAAGAAUCUGGCCAGCUUAUCGCAGCCCUAUUCGUUCGGAACGUCUAUGGAGAUGGCUUCGGUGCAAAGAUCCUACCGUUCAUGGUAGCAUUGAGCUGCGUAGGCAAUAUUAUCGCCGUGACAGUCGGCCAGGCACGGAUCCUUCGCGAGGUUGCCAGACAAGGCCUUCUCCCGUAUCCCACUUUUUUUGCGUCAACGAGACCCUUCGGAACACCUUUAGGUCCAGUCAGCUUGAAAUAUUUCCUUACUGUGUUCGUCAUUGUAGCUUUACCGGCUAAAGAUGCGUUUAAUUUCCUGCUUGACCUCGCCUCUUAUCCAAGCUUGGUGUUCCACGUCGCAACGGCCGUAGGACUGUGGCUGAUGCGAAAGAGACGUGCUCUGGCAGGGAUACCUGCCUCGAUAUACCAAGCACAUAAUAUCUACGUAUUGCUCUAUCUUGGAGCUGCAAUCUUGCUCCUAGUCAUGCCUUGGGUUCCACCAGAGUCUGGUCAUGGAGAUGUGUCGUUCUGGUAUGCAACAUAUUGCGUCGUUGGCCUUGGCAUUCUGGCCCUCUGCGGUGUUUACUACUGGCUCUGGAUUGUCUUCUUGCCUAGACUCGGGGGAUACAAGAUAGUAGAGGAGGUGGAGCAGUUGCCGGAUGGUGCGAUGACUGCCAGACUUGUUCGAAGGUAUCAAGCGAAUACCGCGUUAAAUUCGGAGCAGCAGCCCUUGUUAGAAGUCGAUUCUUAGAUACUAGUAUACUGUACCAUAUAUGAUUUUGGCUAUGGAUUUCUUUGCGAUUAGACU